CUGAAUUAUUUGCAGGCUCACGGAGCCCUUUUUAUUCUGUUGUUUGUCUGAGGAAAGGCGAAGCAAACUAAAAGCAAAACUUGAAGUAAAAGCUGCAAAUAUUGGAAAAGCCAAACUUGUGUUAAAAAAAAACACAAUGCUUGAGACACAAAGGAACUGAGCAGGUUGUGCGGCAUCUUUGGAGAGGAAUAAACAGCCGACGUCUCGGGCCACGACCCUUCGUCAAAACUUUUUUCCUCUGUCGAGAUGCUGCCCGACCUGCUGAGUUCCUCCUGCAUUUCCUGUGUGUUGCUCUAGGUUUCUAGCAUCUGCAGAAUCCCUUGCGUUUGUGCAAAUCUUCCCGUCAGCCGACAUUUUGUGAAUGUUGCCUACAUGCCGUUGCAAACGAGCUUUUCAUUUUGCAUCUACGCCCGGGACAACAAACCGCACCGGUCACGUGACGCGCUGCCCGCCCGCGGCGCAUGCGCGCACCUGCCUGCCAAGAUGGCGGCGCUCAUGGGCUCCGUGUGCCGCUGGGCGGCUGUCCGCUUCUCGCUGCCGCCCGGCCCGGGGAGGCGAUACGUGAGGGCGCUGAGGAGGAGGCCGAUUGAGAUCAUUGAUGGCCGUGGGCAGGGAGCUGUCGGAGACGUGAAGGGGCCCCGCGAUCCGGAGGGAGCUGGACCCCGGGCUCAGGCCGGGCAGCAGCCCCUCGGCCCCGACGCAGAGCCCGAGCUGUCAUUCGAGAGGGCGUUCCCCGGGGACAAGCGGCUGGCAAAAGUUAUGAUCAUUGCAAAGUCCAAGAAAUUCCGUGACCAGCAUGGGAAAAUCCUGCUUGAGGGUCGACGAUUGAUAACAGAUGCCUUGAGAGCUGGAGCGAAACUGGAGACUCUCUUCUUCAGCAACAUGGACAGCCUGAAGGAAUUGCCUGUUGAGAAACUGAAGCAUGCUAAGUUAAUCAAAGUGAAGUUUGAAGAGAUUAAGAUGUGGUCUGAUCUUGUAACACCUCAGGGAACAUUGGGGAUUUUUUUGAAGCCAGAACAUUCCAAGAUGAAGUAUCCGCUUCAAAAGGAGCACACCUUGCCCCUCUUCCUCAUUUGUGACAACAUCCGCGAUCCCGGCAAUUUGGGCACAAUAUUGCGAUCUGCUGUGGCUGCUGGAUGCAGUAAAAUAUUAGUGACGAAAGGUUGCGUGGAUGUUUGGGAACCCAAAGUGCUCCGAGCAGGGAUGGGUGCUCACUUCCGCAUCCCCGUGCUUUCCAAUCUGGAGUGGGAAGUGGUCCACAACUACCUGUCCACCAGCACCCGUGUCCACGUGGCAGACCAUAGCUGUCCAGUUGAGGAGAACCCUGAAUCCCUCUGCACAUGUGACCAGCGGGGCGCGUCCCCACGCGCAGUGGAGUACAAGGAGAGCGACAGCAAGGACGAUGGGAGAGAAUUCCUGCUGUCACUACCCAAAGUGGACGCUCAAAGUUGCUACCAGGCCUGGGCGAGGCAGCACACGGCCAUCGUGAUCGGCGGGGAGACGCACGGACUCAGCCUAGAGGCGCUCACGUUAGUGGAGAAGACUAGAGGGAAACGACUGUACGUGCCCAUGGCUCCAGGUGUAGACAGCCUCAACUCAGCCAUGGCAGCAUGCGUUUUACUCUUUGAAGGCAGGCGGCAGCUGAUGACAGGACUAAAAUGAGUUCAACACAACAUUACAAUCUGACAUUCUGCCUUCUGAUUCACAUGAGUUUGCAAGGUAUUGAACAGUCGAGGAAAGGUAUCUUGUGCUUUUUUCCAGAUUCGGAUUCAUUGGUCACAUGUACAUGUGAAAUGAGUCAUUUGUGUUAACAACCAACACACCUAGGGGUUUACAGGGGGCAACCCACAAGCGUUGCCUCGCAUCCCAAUAGUAACAUAGCGUGUCAACAAUGCUUAUCAGAACAAUAGCAGAAACAAACCCCUUCCCUUCAUCACACUCACUCUCCUCCAAGCCAACGUCAGGACAGGUCUCCAAUCUAGGCUUCAGCCAGCUGGCUUUGAUUUCCAGACUUCCAUUCGGCCUCUGGGUUUCAUCUUCAGUACAGACCAAUGGUUUGUCUCUGAACUCCAGCCUCGAGCUCUGGAUACACCCUCGUGUCUUCUGCGCGCACGGUCGUCCGAUAUUGGGACAGUCCGGCAUCUGCAGAUGUCCUUCAUCACUCAUCCAUGUCACUGGAUUUUGAGCUCUGUGUGGAGCAGUGAAGCCCACACUGCCGGCCUUUGAAUAUGAAACCGGGGCCCCGACUCCAGAUGACCCUUUUAACCCAUCCAUGUCUUUGAGCGUAGCAGAGGCCUGUUAUCUAACACCCCCGUGUCACCAUCCUUAAAACCCUAACCUGACCCCCAACUCCCCCUUCUAACCCCAAACUGUCCUAAAACUUUUAAAAAAACUAAGCAACUGUCAAGUUUGCUUAGCAACAUAACUUCGCACAUUUCUUCCGAUCACGUUACAGCAAAGAGUUUGUCUGUCAAUAGUAGCCUCUGAAAUUUGACACAGUGGUUUUAAAUGACAUUGACUAAAGUAUUGCAUGUUUGUACAACUGUUACGCACUAGAAUGCAAAAUUGUAUUAAAUAGCAAGCAAUUACUACAAUGUGCAAACUGUCCUUGCAAAGUAUCGUUUUGUUUGCUUAAAUGUAGCCCUUGUGGAUCACUUGCAAUGAAUAGGCUUUGAUCGGUUCAGAGAGCACUUUUAACCUGUGGUGGAUCUGUUGGAGGAGAGCAGGUGUAACGAGUUCUACUCUUUUUGUUAGCUCUUUUUUUAAACAAAAGGUGACAAUAUCUGACAUUCAGUAGUGUAUUAUAAGACAGUAGAAUUUGGCCCAUUGAGUCUGAUCUGCCAUUCCAUCAUGGCUGAUUUAUUGCCCCUCUCAAUCCCAUUCUGGCUUUUCCUCGUAGCCCUUGACACCCUGACUAAUCAAGAAGAACCUAUCAUCCUCCACUUUAAAUAUACUCAAUGAUUUGGCCUCAACAGCCACCUGUGACAAUGAAUUGCACAGAUUCAUCAACCUCUGGCUAAAGAAAUUCCUCCUCAUCUCUGUUCUAAAGGGACUGUCUUGUGUUCUGAGGCUGUGCCCUCUGGUCAGACUCCUACACGUCUUUAUUAAGCCCUGGCUCUCUCCCUGCGAAUGCUGCCUGGGAUGCUUCAGGCUCUCAGCAUCCCGAUGAUCAUUCUGGUAUUUUACCCUUUAUCACGUCCAUCAUUAUGUGCCUUAUUUAUGACUUAGGCAAUCGUGAUCUUGGCUGGGAUUGUUCUUGACAAAUUUUUUCAAGAGAAAUGGUUUACCUUUGCGGCCUUCUAGGCAAUGUGUUUACAAGACGGGUGACCCCAGCCAUUAUCAAUACUCUUCAGAGAUUGUCUGCCUGGCGUCAGUGGUCGCAUAACCAGGACUUGUGA